AUGGCUUUCUUUGCCAUUCCCUGCUUUCCUUUGAGGAAGAAUCAACUUUUCAAUCAAAACGAAUCUGCUACAAUUUGCUCUUCCUCACCUAUCACAUCACAACCCACUCCUCUUGCAAUGGGAGUUAUUUCUGAGAACCCCACCGCGAUCAAUCUUGCCAGUGCCAUAUCUCCACAUAAAGAUAUACACCAAGCAAAGGUGACAGACAAGAAGGAAAUUCUCCCAACAGAGCAAGAACAUGCGCCAUACUGUCUUCAACUCGACUUUCUUACGCGCUUGAUUGGAACCAUCAAACUCAAGAAAGAGCUUCAAGACUCAUCUUCUCCUCCGGUCGGCGUCGGCGCACUCUUACUUGAGCCCAUUGGAAGUGCUAAGCAAGACGUAGAGUCUGAUAACGAAACUCAAGUCGCGCACCCCGCCAAUUUCCUAAUACUCAUUCCCCUCCUCAAAACACCGAGGAUCAAGGAUAUUCGCUGCGAAGGCGAGCAUUACCAUUAUUACGGCGUUACUUCCCCAGAUGUCAUUGUAAAGGAAGCUACAAAGUUUAUAUCUGACAACAGCAGUGUUUUCCGAUGGUCUGUCAAGAAAAUACUUGCUAAGUUCCUUGCCCUUACCAUUCAGGACUCCAAAGAUGACUGUCAAGUCAAUCCUGAAGCUGUAUGGUUUGUGGUGAGAAUGACGCAGAAGUCAGACGAAUUCGUUAUCCCUCGCUGGCACAGAGACGGUCGCAUGAUAGAAUGUACCAACGCAAAUCACGCCUUACAUUGCAGAUACGCCACUACCUUGCUGGGACCUACAACUCUCGUUCUCCAAGAGACAGAGCUGGUCACACAGGCAAUGAAACAACACGUCGGAAAGAGAAAGGAGACGGCCCACGCGCUUGCGGGGGGAAAACCCUCUUGA